UACCAAAGUCUGUGACUACUACUUUUUUACCUACUUUCUUAGUGUUUUUUUAAUUGUUAUUAUAGAAUGAAGGAAGAUGAGAACUUUAUGGGAAUAUUUAAAUAUUUUAAAUCGAAAAAACCUAAGCCAUCAUUAGAAAAUGUUGUAUCAGUUGAAAAUAAUCGCCAUAACGAUAAAGUGAUAAGGUGUACUUUAAACCAGGAAAAUGAUGCCAGGACAGAAGGACUGGGCCUCGACAAAUUCGAAAAUUGGCAAAUGUACUACUUCAAAUCACAUCCUGGAUUGUACUUGAUUAGAAACCCGUUUACUAAUCUUGGGCAGCGAUAUUGGAUAAGGAAGUGUUUAGAAGAAUACCCGAGGAAACCAAACAAAACAAAUAUUGAUUUUGAAGUAUAUUUGGAGGAUUGGUGGGAGACAUGUUACAGUAAUGAAGUCUAUGAUCAAUCAUUACUUCAAAAACUGAGGUGGACUACACUAGGUUAUCAUCAUAACUGGGAUACAAAAGUUUACACAGAUGAGAAUCAAUCUCCAUUUCCACCUGAAUUAGCAGAACUCGCAGAUGUAGUUGCUCUAUAUUUGGGAUGCACAACAUUUAAGGCUCAAGCGGCCAUUGUUAAUUAUUACUAUAUGAAGUCCACAUUGUCGGCACACACUGAUCAUUCUGAAAUCAAUUUAGAGGCACCAUUAUUUUCUUUCAGCUUCGGACAGUCGGCAAUAUUCCUUAUUGGCGGUUUGGAUAAAUCUGUAGCACCUACAGCCAUUUUGCUCCAAAGUGGAGACAUAUUAGUGAUGUCAAAAGAAGCCCGUCUCUGCUACCAUGCUGUACCCAAGAUACUGCCUGCAUCAUCAACACCUUGGAAUGAAAAUUUAAAUGAAGUUACUGAAAAAAUAUCAUUAUAUAAAUACAUAAGUCAAUCUGUGGACUUCCAUAAAAAUAUGAAUAGGAAUAUAAAUUGUAAUGAAUGGAGUAAAUUUGGAAACUAUGUUGAUAAAUCUAGAAUAAAUAUAAAUGUUAGACAAGUUCUAAAGGAAAAUCAAAAUAGGUUACAAUGUGAUGUUUUAUUAAGUUGAUGUAAAAUACAAUAUAAAAAUAUUUAUAAUUACUUCUUUAUUUUAUUGCAUUGUAGUGUAUUUUAUCAGUUGUUUGUAUUGGGAAGUUUUGCUGUGGUAUCAAUUUGUAAUUAAAAUACCCUGAAUGAUACCAGGAGUUCGAUAUGGAAGCUCUUGAGGUACUGGCUGUUGAGUGAUUACUUUUUGGUUAGCGCUAUUAGCGAAGCUUUCGAUACUUUUGUGUUGGUCGCACAUUCCCCAGAAACAUUUAACAUAGCCCUCCGCAUAGCAUUCGUAUUCAUCUUUGUUGUUGAAUAGAGCGAGACGCCUGUUUGUAGGUUUAUAGCAAUACUUGCCACACUUUCUCUCUUUUAAGUGCAUUUUACUAUUAAUUUAGAA